AUGGCCAUGCGCGGGCCGAAUGUGUUUGCGCGCCGGGCGUGGGAUAGCCUGGGUAAUGGAGCGCUUUUCACGCAUAGAAUACCGAGCGCUCCUGUGCGAGGGUUCAUACAACCGCUGUCAAUUCCGAAACAGAGAAGUAGCCCAUCUCAAUGGACCGGCAUAGGACAACAGCUCCGAUGUUUGUCUACAACUCGAACCCCGAUCCGCCCCACCACUGCUCUCGUGAGGCGGUCUAUAUCAGCCAAUGCCCCUCAGCACCGCGUUCUGCAAACGACUACGUCCAACAGUGAGGCACAGAAGGCGCAGCUUGCAAAGGAACAAGGUGUUAAGGAGACAUCAUAUCGAGAUGAGGUCAAGAAGGCCAAUGACCCAGCGGACGAAGAGGAAGACGAGUCCAUGGCGUUUAGGAAGACAGAACGAGCGGCCCAAGCCUCGCAGGUCAACCUCAGUGCGAAGUUGUCGAGUCAUGGCAAAGACGGUGAAGGCAAGACUGGAGGAACCGGCAAGGAGAUUAUGCGACUGUUGAGGAUUGCGAGACCCGAGGCUCGUACUCUGGGCCUGGCCUUUGUAUUCCUGCUCAUCAGCAGCAGUAUUACGAUGACCGUGCCUUUCAGCAUUGGAAAGAUCUUAGAUGCAGCUUCGCAAGAAGAGGGAACCCUGUUUGGUCUAAAGACUGAAUACUUCUACAUUGGACUGGCCACCCUUCUGGCGACUGGCGCGUGCGCGAACUACGGCCGCAUUGUCCUGUUGAGGAUCGUUGGCGAACGCAUUGUGACGAAGCUUCGAAGCUCGCUUUUCAAGCGGACAUUUGUCCAGAACGCCGAAUUCUUCGACGCAAACCGUGUAGGAGAUCUGAUCAGCAGACUUGGAAGCGAUACUAUCAUCGUCGGCAAAAGCAUUACUCAAAACUUGUCGGACGGAUUGAGAUCACUGGUCUCCGCCACUGCAGGUCUGUCGCUGAUGGCAUAUGUCAGUCUCAAACUGACUGGGAUCUUGGCCAUCGCCUUCCCGCCAGUCGCGAUUGGUGCUUUCCUCUACGGUAGAGCAAUCAGGGAUCUCUCACGCCGUAUUCAGAAGAACCUGGGUACUCUCACCAAGAUCGCAGAAGAGCGCCUUGGAAACGUGCGAACAAGCCAGGCCUUCGCCGGAGAGCUGCAGGAAGUCCACCGCUACAACACUCAAGUUCGCAAGAUCUUCUGGCUUGGGCGAAAGGAGGCUUUCAUCUCGGCCACGUUCUUCUCGGCAUCUGGAUUCAUGGGCAACAUGACAUUCCUUGGCCUGCUCUACGUGGGUGGCAGUAUGGUCAAGUCUGGUGUCAUCACCGUUGGCGAUCUCACCACGUUCCUGAUGUACACUGGAUAUGCUGGAAGCAGCUUGUUCGGUCUUUCAAGCUUCUACUCCGAGUUAAUGAAGGGUGUUGGAGCCGCCAGCAGAUUGUUCGAACUCCAAGAUCGCGAGCCCACUAUCUCUCCAACCAAGGGCGAUAUGGUCAAGAGCGCCCGUGGUAUCAUCGAAUUCAAGGAUGUGCAAUUCGCAUAUCCCACAAGACCAGCGGUCAACAUCUUCACAGACUUGACAUUCAAGAUUCCUCAGGGCAGCAAUGUCGCUAUCGUGGCGCCUUCAGGAGCUGGCAAGUCUACAGUGGCGAGUUUGCUAAUGCGCUUCUACACCCCGACGAAAGGGACGAUCACGAUCGCCGGCAAAAAUAUCAAUGACAUGAAUGCCAAGCAGCUGCGCCGCAAGAUCGGAUAUGUUGGACAGGAGCCAGUGCUGUUUUCUGGAACGAUUGCCGAGAACAUUGCUUACGGUAAACCUUUGGCUUCGAGGAGCGAGAUCGUUGCCGCAGCACGACAAGCGAAUUGUCAGUUUAUUAGUGAUUUUCCUGACGGCCUUGAGACGUUUGCCGGCGCUCGUGGCACUCAACUCUCUGGGGGCCAGAAGCAGCGGAUUGCCAUUGCCCGUGCCUUGCUCAAGAACCCCGAUAUCUUGAUCCUGGACGAAGCGACAUCUGCGCUUGACGCUGAAUCCGAGACACUUGUCAACCAAGCUCUACAGACUUUGCUCAGAGGCGACAACACUACGAUCUCCAUCGCGCAUCGUCUCAGCACCAUCCAACGCAGCGACAGCAUCAUCUGCAUCGGCGCCGAUGGCCGCGUCGCACAGACAGGAGCCUAUAGUGACCUCAUCAAGGACAAAGAAGGCGCAUUCGCCAAGCUCAUGGAAUGGCAGCUGUCGGGAGGACAGCCCGAGACGGCAGCCUCACGACGCAAAGGACCAGACGAGGAGCAUGAAGAAUUGACGGAAGAAGAACGCAUGCGCAAGAGGCUGGAGGAGCACGACCAUAAGCAUGGCCGCGAAAGUCAGCAGGACGACGAUGGACGGAGCCCCGAUUCCAGCCUGGAGGAAGAAACCCAAUGGGAGGCCGUCAAAGUGAAGGACUCGAGGCAGGUCGCCGCCGAGACGGUUGUGGAGAAGACUGGUAUGAGAGAUGGGGGACCUGCCAGUCGGAAGGGGUAUGGUGAUUGA